UGAAGUGCCUGUCAUUUGGAGUAACAGCAGGCGCGAGAGGGGUGCCGAGACACACGACAGUCGGGAUAAGCGUCAACUUUUUUUUUAGCUUUCCAUACUCGGAUGAACUCAUUUUAAAGACUAGUCAGCGUCAGCCAAACACCCGCAUGACCGAAGGAGCGAAACGUCGUUCAGGGGAGCCGCGCCGCUACAAAACCGGAGCUGCGCGCUGCGCCGACACUGUAACUGUUAAAGAAGUUUAAUUAAUGACUUAAGUUAAUGAAUGCCCGGGGAGGAAUUUAUUCGCUUAUUUUGCAGUGAAACUACCACAUAGUUAGGUUCAGUCAUGUCAGCAUCACCUGUGCACUCAAGUCGGGUCAGGCGCAGCAAUGACGGGUCCCCCAUCAACGCCUCCUCUUCCUCCUCCUCCUCCUCCUCCUCCUCUUUAGCAUCCUCAUCCUCCGCCGGCAACACGAGCCGGUUGCAGCCCAUUCGUGCCACGGUGCCCUACCAGCUCCUGCGUGGAAAUCAGCAGCACAGCCCAACCCGCCCUCCCGCGUCCUCCUCCUCCUCCUCCUCUUCCAUCUCAGUCGGAAGCAACACCGAACCGACAGCAUCAGCCCCGCACCGCAGCUCCAGUCCCGGCAGCCCGGCAGGAAGCGGCUCGCUGGACGCUCGGCUGAUCCCGCGGCAGAGGCGCUCUCCUCCGGAGCCCGGGAGCUCACCGGAGCGCUGCCCUCAUUCACCUGUCCUCAGAGCUGAGAGGUCAAAGUCGCAACAGGUGCGAAGCACAGGUGCUAUCAGACGGACUUCCUCCCUGGGUGCUAUCACCGGGCCCUACCUGAUAGGGCAGUGGCCACGUGAAUCCCACCUGCACAGCCCCUCGUGCAUGAAAGACAAGUCCACACAGACUCCUGGAUGUUGGAGUGACGAGAGGGAAGAGAAAGGGAACACACACCAGCGCUCGGCGUCCUGGGGCAGCUCUGACCAUCUUAAAGAGAUCGCCAAGCUCCGGCUCCAGCUGCAGCGCAGUAAGCCGAGCGGAGGCCGGCCGUGUAAGGACACUCUCCACUCCUCCAUCACUGCCACCUCCGUCAGCACAGCCAGCCAAGCCCCGUCGUCCAUGUCGAAGUCGGCACAGAUGCCACUGUCCAACAUCACAGUGCCAAAGCCCUCCAUCUCCAGGGUUCCCAGCAGCAUGGAGGGCAUCAACCAUGAGCUGGAGAAAGUCUUCAUCAAAGACAACGGAGAGAAAGAGGAGCUCAAGGCUCUGGAGGUCCCUGACGGGCGACGGGCCCCGUUUCCUCCUCAGCAGCGCAGCAGCAGCAGUCGUGGUAUAGACACUCAGACGCCGUCAGCGCCGAGGCGCUCCAGCAGCUGCUCCAGCCUCUCGCCCUGCCCCUCGCCCGCAUGCCCGGCCCGCUCCCACGACGGCAGCCCGUACUCCACCGACGAGAUGCUGGACGACAGAGACAAAGACAGCGGCAGCAGUUCUCCUCUGCCUAAAUUCGCCUCGUCCCCGAAACCCAACAACAGCUACAUGUUCAAACGAGAGCCACCAGAGGGCUGCGAGAAGAUCAAAGUGUUUGAGGAAAUGACGUCCAGACAGUCGGCCACCGUCCCCCUUUUCUCCUGCCCCGACAAAAACAAGGUCAACUUCAUCCCCACGGGCUCUGCCUUCUGCCCCGUCAAGCUCCCGGGAUCCCAGCUCCAGCACUCGGGCUCCCAGCAGGAGGACGAGGAGCGAGAGGAGAGCCAGGCCGGCCCCAGCAGCAGCGGCUCACAGCACCACCACCACGUGCCCACUCAGGUCUCCACCAGCACGAGCACAGACGACCCUCCCGAAUCGCCCUCACAAUCGUCCACAAUCGUUCAGAACUUUGAAGUCAGCUAAACGCGGCAGAGCUGGUCUCGGUCGCGCCGCUCGUCCCCGUGUAGAGCACCCAAACCUCCUCCUCCUCCUCCUCUUCCUCUCUCUCUCUCCGAUGGACCCCACCUUUGUGCUGAAUCUUUACUAUCUGCAUGGCAUAGCAACGAGAAUCGCAAAUGCGCAGGCAGCCGAAGAGUGGCGUCUGGACGGGAACGGGAUGCGUUUUUUUUUGGGAAAGGACCUUAGAAUAUGCAAAUCCAAAAUUCAAAUGGCUUCACUGUUAUCUCGAUCGACGAGUGAGAGUCUCAUAGGAAAAAUCGUAUAUAUUUAUUAAAUUUGCCUAUUGAUGAGUUCGGUCACAUUCCAGAUAUUCCCGUUUUGCUUUUUUUUUACUUUACAUUUUGACUUUUUAUUUGGUCGUUUUGCUUUUUUUCGUGGUACUCCUCCAUCUGGUUCGAUUCCGCGUUGAUCCCGAGCAAACGCAGCUUUGCUUUCGUCGUGUGCUUAAAAUUUAAGCAAAGUGGCUUUUGUACGAGCACUAUAAUCAGCGCAAAGCCACCGAGUUACGAGGGGAAAGACGACUGACGCUUUCAGGAAGGUCUCACUAGUGUCAGGGCAUGCAUUUGAAACUGAUCGUAUGUUUAACAUUAAAUUAUGUGUCGUGUUCUCUUUCAACAUCCACAGUAUAAAUAAGCUCUCUCUCUCUAUCAAUAUAUCUAUAUAUGAGAAGUCUAUAUAUAAAGAAAAAGCUUGUUUGAAUUUAAAACUGUGUACUGCUGUGUUAUGUGCGUUAUGGGAAAUGAGCUGUACUCCAGGGGUCGACGUCCUGAAGGUUUUGUUUUCACUCUCGGUUGCACGGUGUCCGCCUGCGGCCCACCUCGCUUCAGGCGCAUCACGCGCGGUUUAAACUCAGGUAAAACUCCACCUCAUCCAUCUCUGCGCUCCAUCGCGUCCCACGUCCUCACACUCACCGUUUAAUAGGACAAAGUGCAGCUCAGAUCAGGGGUUUUGGAGGGCGCCGUUUAAAGGAGUAGUUCACCCAAACAUCAUUUACUCAUCCUCGGGUAGUUCGAAAGCUGUAUGAGUUUCUAUUGACUUUGGGUCACCGUUGAUUCCCAUGGUAUUUUUUAUUUUUAUUUUUUUUCAGUGGAGACCGAAAACAGCCUGGUUACAAACUUUUUUUGGGUGAACUAUUCCUGAGUGGCAUGUUGAAAUCGUGAGAUGAUUUUGAUAAUAAAAGUUUUACUUUCUUUUAGAAACACCGUAAUAAACCUUUUAAGUUUCAAGAAUGAAAUCAUAACGCUAUGAAAUCAAAGUACACCAACCCCGGCUUCCACAGACGAGGCUUAAGACUAGUCCUAGACUAACAUGCAAGUCUUAGCCGUUUCAGCUGAAAUAAACUUGCACUGACUGAUUUUAAAAUACAUCAGUGCCUUUGUUUUGUCUCCACCUUUAGCAUGUUUAUAAAAAUUACUUAAAUGUCCUGAUUAAACUAUGGACUGAUCCUGGUUUAGCCGAAGCCCUGUCUGUGAAACCGGGCCCAAAACAAAUGGUAAAGGCCGUUCUGGAGUAUGAUUCCUGUUACUUUACAUCUUCACUUCUUGAUUUUAUGUUUUCAUUUUAUCAUUGUAAGACUGAGACGUUAUUUUUUUAUAACGUCUUGUAACUUUUACAUCUUUAUUCUCAAAACCGUCAACAUUUUUUCCAGCUUUAACGUGCUAUUAAGACAUGCUGCUAGUGAUAGUUUAAAAUAAAAGGGUGAAUUUCACAAAUAAAUGUUUUUAUUUUUUAGGACCAUUAAAAUUGCAUUGUGAUUCGAAAGAAAAUGCCAUGUAUACAAAUAACACGUGUAUAAAAUAGAAAAAAAAUUAUAAUGAAAUUUUUCACAUGGAAAUUUGAGGAUUAAUGAACUUAUUGGUCAUUAAUGUCGCAAUGCAAAAUGUGAAGAGCUUAUUUGCAAAAACUGUUAAAAGCUGACUUAUCUAUGUUUGCAAAUGAGCUCAUCAUCUCUUAAUGGGCCUAAAACAAAUAUUCAACUAAUUUAAGCAUUUUGAAAUGUGAAUAUUAAAUAGAAAAUUGAGAGCUUUCGUGAGAUUCACCUAAAAGCUUGGCUUAAUACAAGCAGAAUAUAUUUCAAUCAAAAAAAAAAAACAAGCAUUAAAUAUUUAAAUCAAUCUAUGCCCAAAGGUUUUUUCAUCUGCAGUUAAACGGGAAAAAACCCCAAAUCUAUCCACAUUGCACAUACAUUUUUAUAAGUAUUGUUGGCUGUUGUGACAACAAAAGCAUGCCUUUAUGAUUUUCACUGAUUGUCAAUAAUAAUCGCCGUUUUGUGCAGGAACUAAUGACAAGGCAAGUAUGAUUAGUCUCUUCUGGUCUGAAAGCAGAAUUUUUCAAAUCGUCAAACAAUAGCGUAUUGUGCUUUUGCAAUCGAUAGAACGAUAUUAAUUUACCCAUCUCGUAAGAUCAACCAAUGCAUAAUAUCACGCGAUCGAUAAGAAAGGCUUUAAAAGUAACAGUGCGACCUUUUAUGCUGCACCUUAUAAAGACCAAGUAGUUUUAGCAAGUGAAGGGUUUGCAAUAAUCGCGCUCUUUUCUUUCAAAUGCUCCAAAAUCUGCAUAAUUUCACCUCCAUUCCGUACACGUGUGUUUCUGGAGCUGUUGAUGAAGCCAUCGAAAGCACAUUGCUGGCCGUCUUGGGAGAGGUGUUUUGCGGAUCAGGUGAAAAGUCAGGAUGACCUGUUCGCACGCAAUGGCAAUAAAGCGUUUUGUUGUUGUGACCCUACAAACCAGAUGCGUUUGUGAAUGGAGGUGGAUGGAUUUGAAGAGGAACAAUGUUGACUGAGGACGUUUUGGAAGCGUAUCACCCGCCUAGUGAUUGCUCUUUGCCUAUAGCCAAUUGUCACGUCGAGAAAAUGAUUUUUAAAGCCUUGUAGCUUGAAUUGUUUUCCUGCGGCGGAGGCUGCUGAGCUUGCGUAAGGUUUUAGGCCCACUGUCCGCGUCCGUAUACGAAUGACAGUAUCAAAAGCCACACUUUCUUCAACUUUGAACUUUUAUCCUUCAACUGUUUCUUUACUUCAAUAAUAGGAAUAUUGUGUCUUAUUUAAAUAAAAUAAUCAUUAGAAAUAAAA